AAGACCUGUGAAUCUGUGACACCGAUUGAUCUCCAGUGAAAAACAGCAAUAAUGGUGGCUCCGGCGUCGUUGGCGUUGUUGUAUCCCACCCUGCUCACCGCGAUGAUGCAGGCCAAUUACACCGUUUUUCCGGACGAGGAUGGUGUGGCAUAUUUAAUUAAACUCGACGACAAACCACUGACUUUGGAAGAAAUUAGUACUUUGUCUGAUGACGUGAACUCUGUCACUUUCACGCUGUUCACACGACGAAACCCAAUAACAGGACAACUCUUAAUACCAAACGACAUCGCCAGCGUUUCAAAGAGCAACUGGAACGCCAACAGGCCAACGAUCAUCGUCGCUCAUGGCUGGAAGAGUGCUGGUGACAAACCAGCAUGCACUCUGGUUCGCGAUGCUUUCCUAAGAGCCACGGACUGCAAUGUGAUCAUCGUUGACUGGAGCAGCAUAGCCAAAAACUUGAUCUACUCGAAGGUCGCGAAGAGCGUGCCAACAGUGGCGGAGGGAGUCGCGAGAUUCGUAAAUUUCCUACGAGUGAGGUCGGAUCUGAGACCGUCCGCUUUGAAAAUGAUCGGACACUCGCUUGGUGCCCAUGUCGCAAGCUUAGCAGCGAAAAUUGUGUCGCAGUCCAGCCAAGUGUCGGAAGUUGUAGCUCUCGACCCAGCCAAGCCAAUGUUCGAAAGCAAAGGGCCCGAUGACCGAGUGGAUCGUUCCCACGCAAGAAAUGUCCAAGUUGUUCACACCUGCGCCGGUUUGUUGGGCAUGGACAGUGCUGUUGGAACGUCUGACUUUUAUGCCAACGGGGGAAGCAGUCAACCAGGAUGUUCUAGUGAUUUGCUUGGUUCCUGCGCACACGGACGCAGCUACGAAUAUUUCAGCGAAUCUGUCACAAAUCCUAGAGGCUUCCCAGGAAAGUCAAAGAAUGGUGGUGCAAUGGCAUAUAUGGGUGGUAUCCAACUUGACGGAGGAGCUCGAGGCGCUUAUGACUUUAAAACUGCAGGUCAACCACCUUAUGCUAUUCACUAACAGUAUUAUUUUCUUUCAGUACGAUGUACAUACAUAAUCCUUUUUUACAAUAAAUUGUUACAUA